UUGCACACACAAGCAACCUUCUCGAUACCUCCGUCGAGUAAUGGUCACUGGCUCUCUGCGACCCUGCCUGUUGGUGCAUUCUCGAUACAAGCAACCUUCUGUUGGUGCAUUCUCAUCAAGAGCUGGAGGAGCAUCUGUUCUGUAGCAAACAUUUGCGCAGUUGGGAUCUUAAAAGAAGAAUUAGUUAAUCACUAUGGGAAAGCCUCGUAAGGGAUGGAGGGAGAAGGAUGCAAGUGACCACUGGAAUAAUCAAACAGAUGAUCAGUGCAAGCGUUUCUUCAAGGUUCUUAUUGGUGAUUUCCGUAAAAGAUUGGUUUUGCCAGAUAAACUUGCGCUACACUUCAGAGGCAAAAUAGCAAGAAGUAUUAAACUUGAAUCCCGUAGUGGCCAUACUUUUGAUGUUCAAGUUGCAAAGAAUUCGGGAAGAGUAGUGCUUCAAUCUGGAUGGGAGUCGUUUGUUAGUGCCCAUGGCUUGAAGAUGCUGGACUUUUUGGUAUUCAAGUACGAUGGGAUUUCUCGAAUGAAGGUUCUGAUCUUUGAUCAUAGUGGUUGCGAGAAACCACUAAUAUGUUCUGUCACGAAAAAUUCUAUUAAUGGUAGGAAAAGGAAGGAGGAAUCCUUUGACAUUUCGAGCAACUAUGCUAAGGUUGCAAAUAUCAUUUCAUCAUCAUGCUCCCCAUUCGAAUCAUCAGGAGGUUCGACAUCUUCAGAAGAAGAUGAAGCGCGUUCUAUUCCGAGUUGCAUCCUCCCAAGAGGAACCAGCCUUACUAAUGUGCAAAAUAAGAAACUGGAAAAGAAAGUCCAAGCUAUUUGUUCUGAAAUCCCUAUCUAUGGGUGUGUCAUUAAGAAGACCAAUAUUUCUGGACGAAGUCAAAAUAUGCGCUUCACUGGAGAAUAUUCUGAUGCAUAUCUUCCAUUCAUGAAGAGGACGUUGACGCUUCAUCGUCAUGGCAAGAGUUGGGACGUGAUGUGCCACCUUCAGGUUCCAAGUGGCCAAUGCAAAUACCAAAAGCUUUGCAAAGGGUGGAAACGGUUUGCACGUGACAACAAUUUGCGGGUGGGAGAUCUCUGCCUCUUCGAGCUACUGGAGACCAAGAAGUACACGAUGACUGUGCAUGUCGUUCGUGAAUUCGUGGAAACUGAGACCUGACAAAUGGCUCCUGCUGUGGUUUCCGGCUUUUGCAGUGGUGGUAGGUUUGGUAUGAGACGCGUACUCAGAUGAUCUUGAUAAUCUUUUCAGCCAUUGUAGCCAACUUUUGUAAUGGUGAUAGCAGCGCAUUUAUGCCUAAAAAAGCCUAAAAACAGAGCUUUGGUUCCUGACGAUCCCUACAGUUUCCUAUGACUAGAAUUUCUUGCAUUUCUAAAAA